ACUCAGUCUCAUUUUCAGUUGCUGAGAAUAAGCUAAGAAUGGUAAUGCAGUUUCAGGGGUUAGAAAAUCCAGUUCAAAUUAGGCCUCACCACAGCUGCACACCAUCAGGAUUUGUCAUGGAGAUGAUGAGUGUGAAGCCUGCUAAAGGUGUAUUAACAGAACAAGUGCCAGCACCUCUGGGACAGAAUCUAGAAGUGGAACCAUAUUCACAAUACAAUGUUCAGUUUCCCCAAGUGCAACCACAGAUUUCCUCAUCAUCCUAUUAUUCCAACCUGGGUUUCUACCCCCAGCAGCCUGAAGAAUGGUACUCUCCUGGAAUAUAUGAACUCAAGCGAAUGCCAGCCGAGACUCUCUACCAGGGGGAGACCGAGGUAGCAGAGAUGCCUGUAGCCAAUAAGCCCCGGAUGGGAACAUCAGCGGGACGGAUCAAAGGGGACGAACUGUGUGUUGUUUGUGGGGACAGAGCAUCCGGAUACCACUAUAAUGCACUGACCUGUGAGGGCUGCAAAGGUUUCUUCAGGAGAAGCAUUACCAAGAACGCGGUGUACAAGUGUAAAAACGGGGGCAACUGUGUGAUGGAUAUGUACAUGCGAAGGAAGUGCCAGGAAAAAAAAAAAAGGAAGUGCAAGGAAAUGGGAAUGUUGGCUGAAUGUAUGUAUACAGGCUUGCUAACUGAAAUUCAGUGUAAAUCUAAACGGCUAAGAAAAAAUGUGAAGUCGCAUGCUGAUCAGAGCACGAAUGAAGACAGCGAAGGACGCGACUCGCGACAAGUGACCUCAACAACGAAAUCAUGCAGGGAGAAAACUGAACUCACCCCAGAUCAGCAAAAUCUUCUACGUUAUAUUAUGGAUUCCUAUAGCAAACAGAGAAUGCCUCAGGAAAUAACAAAUAAAAUUUUAAAAGAAGAAUUCAGUGCAGAAGAAAAUUUUCUCAUCUUAACAGAAAUGGCUACCAGUCAUGUCCAGAUUCUCGUAGAAUUCACAAAAAAGCUACCAGGAUUUCAAACUUUGGAUCAUGAAGAUCAGAUUGCUUUGCUGAAAGGGUCUGCAGUUGAAGCUAUGUUUCUCCGAUCGGCUGAGAUUUUUAAUAAGAAACUUCCAGCUGGACAUGCUGACCUAUUGGAAGAAAGAAUUCGAAAGAGCGGUAUCUCUGAUGAAUAUAUAACACCUAUGUUUAGUUUCUAUAAAAGUGUUGGGGAAUUGAAAAUGACUCAAGAAGAAUAUGCUUUGCUUACAGCAAUUGUCAUCCUCUCUCCAGACAGGCAAUACAUCAAGGAUAGAGAGGCAGUGGAGAAGCUGCAGGAACCCUUACUUGAUGUGCUACAAAAGUUGUGCAAGAUUUAUCAGCCUGAAAACCCUCAACAUUUUGCCUGUCUCCUGGGUCGCCUGACUGAAUUGCGGACAUUCAAUCAUCACCAUGCCGAGAUGCUAAUGUCCUGGAGGGUGAAUGACCACAAGUUUACUCCGCUUCUCUGUGAAGUCUGGGAUGUGCAGUGAUAAACACGGCAGGGGAAGAAAGGGUCUAGGUCCUUUUCUCCCCCUCAUAAUAUAAAUCUAAUGUGUAACUUCCCUUUAUAUCAUGUAUGCCUAGUUUUAGUCAAGAAUCUUGGUGAAUAUUUAUGUAGUAAUUAUGGGACUUCUGCAAUUGUAAAUACAGGGCUAGAUAGAAUUACCUUUCUACAUUGCAUUUUACAAGGCUUCAGGGAAUCCUACAUUCUAAUUGGCAUGCCCUGUUUGCCUAAUUAAAUUGAUUAUGUCAAUUUUAUCUGUUGAACUUGGGGGGAAAUCUCAUUUUGUUCUUCAUCUUACCAUACUGCAUGUAUUUUUAUUAAAGAGUUGUGUUCAAUUUUGGCAAUAAACCGAAGUAAUGGCAA